AUGAGGGCGAGGCAGAACAAAGACGGUGUUGAAGACAACGCUUCUAUCAGAUCUCCGGGUAGCCUUUGGUCCAGCAUCAAAGCAGGACGCUCUUUUGUGGAUGAUGGAUCAAAAGUCUACCCAUGGCUGUUUGCGUCUGAUCCUCAUGGUACGCAGAUGGCGAACCUAUGCGCUAUGGAUCCAUUCUGUGAACUAUAUGUGGCAAGGGUCGCUGAAGGCAAGUAUGGUAUCACACCAGACAGGGCUGCCAGGGCCAUCGAAUGGGCUCUUGAAAAAGAGGUAGACAUCAUUUCCAUGAGCAUCGCCCUUCUGAACCGUGGAAAGGAUGACUUGGAACACUGGGUUAGUAAGGCCAAGGAAAAGGGAGUUAUUAUUGUCUGCAGCACCCAGGACGAAGGAACGAGGUUGCCAACAUCGUACCCGGCUUAUUGGAAACCGGGGCUCGUAAUCUCAGCCUGCGAUGAGUAUGGUCGGCUACUCCGUGAUAUCGACGAGCAACAGUACGACUACAGGAUCCAGGGACAGAACGUGGCAGCUGGUGUCAUACCCUUUGUCGAGUCAAGUGAUUCUCUCACUGGCAGCUCUGUCUCGACGGCACUCGCCGCGGGCCUGAGCUCACUCAUCCUAACCUGCUAUAAGCUAGCCCGCCUCCAACGUAUGCCACCAUCGCGAGGGAUGUUGGACAGCCCAGGAAAAUUCCCUUACGCGGAAGGCCAACUGAACCUGGUAAAAGAUUACCUGGCGAAGAUGGUAGUUAAUAACACCAAACAUAUAAUGCUGGAAAAGUUCGGAAACAUUGACUCUACUACAAAGGAAGGUGAUGAAAUAGAUUCCAGAAAGGUCUUGCAAGACUCAUUCGGCAUGCAGAGUUAA